AACUCUUUGGACUCUGCAUAUGUCAAAGAUUCAAGGUGGACUCGUGUGCGAUCGUGCGAUCGUGCGUCCCCGCUGCGAGCCGAGUUGCCACGAGCAGUACGAUACACAACCGGUCUCUCGCUAAGCAAUGGCGGCAUUAUGUUCCUACGGAAUGUCAUAUACAUACAGUUUCAUAUGCACGAACUUCACAGCGCGUACUGACAGCUGCUUUCGACUGUGCUUAACCUCUUUUUUCAAUCGCUUUAAUAGUUAUAUUUAAUUAUUUGAAAAUUGUGUGACAGUUCAAAAAUUGUGCAAAAAAUACGUUAGUUCACUGGUGCAGCUAUUUAUUUGAUUUGAUCAAGAUUCAGGUUGUGGAUUCUGUGAUGACUUUCUACGUAUCAGAAUGGAAACUAAGAACUCAAUGAAUACUCAAGUACAUAAAACAAUGAGAUCUUGGAACUUUCAAACUGUUUAAGGUAAUUCCGCUAUGAUGGGUCUGCAAGUUAACAAGCGCAAGUUCCACGUAGAUAGCUACGACAGUGGACCACCAGCCGCCAAGAAUUCUCGUCUGAAUUGGCCACCACCAGCGGAGGAUAGCAUCGCAAAGCUGCAAGCAGUGGCGGUACCUGGUGAAGCCUGGACGCUACCGUCAGCACCUCAGAACCAGUACAACCCCAGCAGAUCGGUUCUGGUAACCAGUAUAUUAGACGAUAAUUUCGAGGAUGAAGAAGAUGAACUCGAUUAUGAUUAUGAGGAUGAACUCCCAAUCCAUCAACAUUGGUUUCCUCCAGUAGUCCAACAGCCUCAACAAACCAUUCGGUGCGCCGAGAACGGGAAAUCUUAUUUGGAGCUCGGAGGCGCUAAUUAUGUAAGGCCGAAUAGCAGGCAGUUUUACCGCGAAAGGAGAAUGCGCAUGAUGAAUCUAUCCAUGUGCAAAUUGGCGAGGUUUAGGCAAUGUCCGGAUCCUCCGCUUAGGAGGUCAGUGUUAAUCUGUAAUACCUUGAGAUCCAUUGAACGUGAAAUGGAAGAUGAAGAACAACAACAAAAUUCUUUCAAUAACGUUUGUUGGCAAGGUAGUAAUGAUUCUGGCAGAUCAACACCUUAUCCAAUGCCUACGCCACCUCCUGUGAUUCAAAGCCAACCUGUUAAUCAAGCGCCCGAUUGUGAUUCUGGCUACAGUGACGAUGAAUCAGGGAAAUCUAUAGACUGGGGUUCUGUGUUAAGUUUAUCGGCAUUAGAUCCAAUAGUACCUUCUGCAGAAGAUGACUUUGCGGAUCUAUUACCUUCAUGGGGUAGGAUACCUAGUGAAUUAACAGACUUAGAUUCUCCACAACGAAUACUUGUGCGAAGUUAGUGGUGGGUCAAAUCAGUGUAGAUAGUCUAGAACAAUAUACAAAACAAAUUCUGUACAUAAUAUAUAUUAAAGAUUAUAUAUGGGAGUAAAGUUGCCGGGUGCGGUGCUUGUUAUAAGAAAAUCAUUUAUUUUUAUAAAGACAUUAUGGUUUUAAAAGCAUCUGUGUGAUUGAAUGAGUUCAAUGCAAAAUGUGGUAUAAAAUUAUUACCUCUUAAUUAUAUUGUUAUAUAUUUUAUAAUUUACACUUAAAUGCAAAAC